AUGUUGAAGGAGAAGGGAGGGAGCCGCCCACCGUGGGUGGGGCUAGGCGCCGCCGUGUGGGUUCAGAUCGCGUCGGGGACCACUGCCACCUUCCCUCUUUACUCUCACGCCUUGAAAUCAGUGCUGGGCUUUGAUCAGCGCCACAUCACGCUCCUCGGUGUGGCUAACGACAUCGGCGAAAACCUCAGCCUCCUCCCCGGCAUCGCCUGCAACAAGUUCCCCCCUUGGCUCCUCGUCGUCGUUGGUUCCCUCGCCGCCUUCCUCGGCUACGGCGUCAUCUUCCUUGCUGUCUCCCAGAUCCUCCCCUCCCUCCAUUUCUUACUGCUAUGGUUGGCUCUACUUGUUGCCGCCAACAGUUCUGCGUGGUUGACCACUUCGGUUGUGGUGACCAACAUGAGAAACUUCCCUGCUAGCAGAGGCUCCGUCGCUGGGGUUCUGAAAGGUUAUGGGGGGAUUAGUGGUGCAGUUUGGACCGAGAUUUACAGCAUUCUGCUUCAUAACAAUUCUUCAACGUUCCUGUUGUUUCUUGCUGUUGGUGUUCCUGUUAUCUGCUUCAGCAUGAUGUUUCUCGUUAGGCCCUGUACCCCGGCAACAGGUGAUGACCCUGCGGAGCAUUACCAUUUUCUGUUUGUCCAAGGUUCCAGUGUGAUCAUGGGUGUUUACCUUCUUGUUAGUACCAUACUUGGUAAUGUUUCUCCCUUUAGUGAUGCUGUUUCAUAUGCUUUGGUGACUGUGAUGGUUCUGCUUCUCAUGGCUCCACUUGCUGUCCCUUUGAAGAUGACAUUGUUUCCAAGGAAUGGUUCUAAAUCAGAGUCACCAGAGCAAUCAGUUGGACCCUCUGAGUCUCUGACUCACGGGAAAGAUGAGAGUGCAGAGCCGCUGCUGGCGUCUUCAUCGGCAGGGGCACUGGGGAGUUUUAAUGAUGAGGAUGAUUCAUCUGAGGUUGCGGAGCUUCUUGCUUUGGGUGAGGGGGCUGUGAAGCAGAAGAAGAGAAGGCCUAAACGUGGAGAAGAUUUUAAGUUAAGUGAGGCUAUAGUGAAGGCAGAUUUCUGGCUGCUGUUUUUAGUCUUCUUUGUUGGCAUUGGCACUGGGGUAACUGUUCUCAAUAAUCUGGCCCAAAUAGGUAUUGCCCAAGGGGAGGAAGACACCACUACCCUGCUGUCAAUUUUCAGUUUUUGCAAUUUUUUGGGGCGGCUUGGUGGAGGAGUUGUAUCAGAACAUUUUGUCAGGACAAGAACACUCCCAAGGACUAUCUGGAUGACGUUCACGCAGAUAAUUAUGCUCAUUGUAUACCUUCUGUUUGCCUAUGCUAUCAAUGGAACCCUUUACCCUGCAGUUGCAUUUCUUGGUGUCUGUUUUGGUGUGCAAGUUUCUGCGAUGGUCCCUACCGUUUCUGAGGUUUUCGGUCUGAAGCACUUCGGAGUUCUGAGCAGCAUCAUGUCGUUGGGGAAUCCAAUUGGUGCAUUCCUCUUUUCGGUUCUGCUAGCAGGGAACAUAUAUGACAAUGAGGCAGCAAAGCAGCAUGUCAUCCUUCCUGAUUCAGCUGCUUCUUGCCUCGGUCCAAAUUGCUUUAAGCUUACCUUUCUCAUUCUUGCUGGGGUGUGUGGUGCUGGCAUCAUCUUGAGCGUUAUCCUGACUUUGAGAAUUAAGCCUGUUUACCGAAUGCUUUAUGCUGGAGGCUCUUUCAGGCUGCCUCAGACAUCUGCAAGUCACUAA